GGGCGCGGCGGGGCGCGGGGCGCCGCGAACAGGGCAGGAGGAGCCGCGAGUGCGGCACCGCUGUGCGCCGGGGGCCAUGGAGCUCCUUCCCGCGGGCAGAGCCGGGACGGGGCGCCUAGAGUUUGAGUUGCGCGGCGGUCGCAAAGCAAGGCCGGAUGACGCACUGGAGGAAGCCGAGCCGGGAGUGUCCCCGGACUCAGUCGUUCGGGGGGCACCCCCGGCGGAGCGGCCGCUCGGUGCCCCGGGAGCCUGGGAGGGCGAGGAAGACUCGGAGCGCUGCGAGCCCUGGGGCGGCCGGACGAGCCGCACGGCGUCCCUGGUGAGCGGGCUGCUCACCGAGCUGUACAGCUGCGCCGAGGAGGAGGAGACGGCGGGCGGCGGCAGACGACGAGGAUCCGGCGGCCGCCGGCGGCGCUGGGACAGCCUCGACAGCUCCACCGAGGCCUCGGGCUCCGACGUGUUCCUGGGCGGCCGCGGCAGCGCGGGCGACUCCCGCGUGCUGCAGGAGCUGCAGGAGCGGUCGAGCCAGCGGCACCAAAUGCAGUACUUGCGGCAGAAAGACACCAGUGAACUGAAGACAGUCCUUCGAGAGCUGAAGUACAGAAUCGGCAUUCAGUCAGCGAAGUUACUUCGGCAGCUGAAGCAGAAAGAUAGGCUUCUGCAUAAAGUGCAGAAGAACUGCGAUAUUGUGACUGCAUGCUUGCAGGCGGUGUCACAGAAGAGAAGAGUUGACACAAAGUUGAAGUUUACUCUUGAGCCAUCUUUAGGUCAAAAUGGUUUUCAGCAGUGGUAUGAUGCUCUCAAAGCAGUUGCCAGACUAUCAACAGGAAUACCAAAGGAAUGGAGGAGAAAGGUUUGGUUGACCUUGGCAGAUCAUUAUUUGCACAGUAUAGCCAUUGAUUGGGACAAAACCAUGCGCUUCACGUUCAAUGAAAGGAGCAAUCCUGAUGAUGACUCGAUGGGAAUUCAGAUAGUCAAGGAUCUUCACCGCACAGGCUGUAGUUCUUACUGUGGCCAGGAGGCUGAGCAAGACAGAGUUGUCUUGAAGCGAGUCCUUCUGGCCUAUGCCCGAUGGAACAAGAAUGUUGGGUACUGCCAAGGCUUUAACAUCCUGGCUGCACUAAUUCUGGAAGUGAUGGAAGGCAAUGAAGGUGAUGCGCUGAAAAUUAUGAUUUACCUUAUUGAUAAGGUUCUUCCUGAAAGCUAUUUUGUCAAUAAUCUCCGGGCGUUGUCUGUGGAUAUGGCUGUCUUCAGAGACCUCUUGAGAAUGAAUCUCCCUGAAUUAUCUCAGCACUUGGAUACUCUUCAAAGAACUGCGAACAGAGAAAGUGGAGGUGGAUAUGAGCCUCCGCUUACGAAUGUCUUCACAAUGCAGUGGUUCCUGACUCUCUUUGCUACGUGCCUCCCUAAUCACACAGUUUUAAAGAUCUGGGAUUCAGUCUUCUUUGAAGGUUCGGAAAUCAUCCUAAGGGUAUCGCUGGCUAUCUGGGCAAAACUGGGAGAGCAGAUAGAAUGCUGUGAAACAGCAGACGAAUUCUACAGCACCAUGGGGCACCUUACCCAGGAAAUGCUAGAGAAUGAUCUUCUGGAAAGCUAUGAACUUAUGCAGACUGUUUAUUCUAUGGCGCCGUUCCCUUUCCCACAGUUGGCAGAGUUAAGGGAAAAAUACACCUACAACAUUACACCGUUCCCAGCCACAGUUAAAGUCACCUCAGUUUCUGGACGACAUGGUAAGGUCAGAGACAGUGAUGAAGAGAAUGACCCGGAUGAUGAAGAUGCUAUUGCUAAUGCAGUGGGAUGCCUUGGACCUUUCAGUGGGCUGCUGGCACCCGAACUGCAGAAGUACCAAAAGCAAAUUAAGGAGCCAAGUGAGGAGCAGAGUCUGAGAUCUAAUAACAUUGCAGAGCUGAGUCCUGGAGCAAUCAAUUCCUGUCGAAGUGAAUACCAUGCAGCUUUUAACAGUAUGAUGAUGGAACGCAUGACCACUGAUAUCAACGCGCUGAAGCGGCAGUACUCUCGGAUUAAGAAGAAGCAACAGCAGCAAGUUCAUCAGGUGUAUAUCAGGGCAGGCUCUAAAGAAGAAAAAGACCAUGGGUUCUUUUUAGGUCCCAAGGACCAAGCAAUUGAUGACAAAGGGCCAGUGACCAACCUCCUCCCGCCCGAGGUAAACAACUCUCCAGUUAUAAACCACCUUCUCUUAGGGAAGCAGAUGAAGAUGACUAACAGAGCUGCCAAGAAUGCUGUCAUCCACAUCCCUGGUCACACAGGAGCCAGACUCUCCCCCGUCUCCUAUGAAGACCUUAAGACGAAGCUCAACUCUCCAUGGCGAACUCACAUCCGAGUCCACAAAAAGACCAUGCCGAGGACCAAGAGCCAGCUGGGCUGUGGGGACACCAUCGGGCUGAUAGAGGAGCAGAACGAGGGCUGCAAAACUAGCAGUCUGGAGGUAGCAGGGGCGUUUUCCUCCAGGGAAACAGCAGCGACAGCUCGGAGAGAAGGCAGCAGCUCAGAGGGCAGCACCGGGAGGACAAUUGAAGGGCGGUCCCCGGAGCCGGUGUUUGGGGAUACUGACGCCAGCGUAGCUGAAGUUCAGGUGAAGUUGGAAGGCUUGGAACUGAACCAAAGUGAUGCUGCUGCUGAAACUGAGCCCAGGGUGUACCCACCCGGCCGACGGUACUUCCCAGAGCCUCCUGACGCACCUGGAGGAAACAAAGCCACCAGCAAACCUCCCCAAAGCAGCAACCCUAAAACUCCCAUCUUUAGUCCCUUUCCCAGUGUCAAGCCACUCCGGAAGUCAGCCACUGCCAGGAAUUUGGGGUUAUACGGUCCCACGGAAAGAACGCCAACUGUGCACUUCCCUCAGAUGAGCAGGAGCUUCAGCAAACCUGGCGGCGGAAACGGUGGCACUAAGAAACGAUGAUGUCUUCCAGGAACUCUGUCUUGAUGUACCUUUUUAUGGUGGUAUAAGGGUUACAGCUGCACGGAUCCAAAUGAGUUUAAUUGUCCUAUGAAAACAAAUAGAUAGUUUUAGAGAUGAGCAACCAUGCAUAAAACAGGAAUGGAAAGUUUUAUAAUGGGAGCUGGAAUAGAGGUGUUUUCCCACGGGGCAGUUGGUGACAUCCACUUGAGAAC